AUGGGUUGCGGGGCGAAUGGUGGUAGUUUGGUUGCAGUUUUAAAACCGAGCUGCCUUGCAGCUGUUUUGAACCCUCCUUAUCACUGGGCACUGUUGGACCUGGCCCUCAAUGAUGCGAAGAAGCAGCUCCACGAUGAGAUGUUAAGGAGAGUGGAGAGUGAGAACCGAGCUCAGACCCUGCAGGAGGAGCUCGACUUCCAGAGGAACCUGUAUGCCACGGCCUGGGGCCGAGUUGGGUUGGUUUCUACCUGUCACCGUUUGACUGUGCCUCCUUAUCUGUUCCAGACGGACUCUGAUGACGAUGAGCCGGUGCAAAAGAGGACCAGUCAGGGCUCGGGGUCAGGCCUGGGCCUUUCUGCCCUGCUCCCACAGCCCAGGAACCUGGCUGUGAAGGAGAUGGAUCGCCCGCUACUGCCUUACCCCUUCACCAAAUCCCAGAGGCCGGCAGCAAAAGCCAGUGGGCAGCCCAAGGGGGCACCGCGGGCCACAGUGAUGACCACCCCAUCACCAUCUGCCAUCAAGGCAGCUUCGAAGAAUGCUGCCAAGCAGUUGGCCAAACACAUCAUGAAUGAGGAGGCAAGUGAAGAGGAGGAGGAGGAGGAGGAAGUGGAGGCAGAGAGGGGCGAGGGAGACGAGGAGGACCAGCAGGCGGUCAGCUUCUUCUCCCUGUCCGAAACCAGGAGCGAGCUGUCGGCGGGUGGCCUGACAGGGGGUGAGGGCCCAAUCCCGGCUCUGGCUCCGGCCGUGCCCCCCAACCCCCUCAACCCGGCCGAUGCCCCACUGGAGUUUAACCGGAGCACCGCCCCGGCGCCAGGGGGCAGCGAGAGCGGCUUCCCACCCGGCCCCGGGCUGGAGUUCGGGAACCAAUAUCCGGCGGAGUUCACCGGGCCCGGCACAGAGCAGACUGCCCUGCCAUAUUACCAGGACUACUACAGUAACUAUUAUCAGGACCCAGACCCUGCUCUCGCUCCAGCGCCAGACGAGGAGUUGAACACGUUCAUGAACGAUGAAGCAUUCAAAAGGCUUCAGGGGAAAAGGAAUCGUGGCAAGGAGGAGGUGAGCUUCCUGGAAAUUAAAGGUGACGAGCAGCUGAGUGGAUCACAGCAGUGGCUGAUGAAAUCGCUGUCCGAGGAGAAGGACAUGAAAUCGUUCAGCAAGAAACGAGGGGAACAGCCGACAAGCCAGCAGCGACGCAAGCAUCAGAUCACCUACCUGAUCCACCAGGUGAGGGUCAUGUUUACAGCUCACAGAACCCAUUCCCCCCACCCCUGGGCACGGUGCCACUCUGUGCAGCCCUGUGUGGCAGAAGGAAGGUCUGCAACCUAUCCCUGA